CUUUCUAUAAGCCUCUAGAAAAAAACAUCUGCUCACAGGCGAAAAAAAAAAAAAAAAUUAUUUUUAAAUCUGAAGUUCAAAGUUUCAAGCUCUAGUCAUUCAUUAUUAUACAAUUGAAAACUCUGAUUUGUCAAAAUGAGCUUUACCAAUGAAGAUGGCGAAGCGGAAGAGAAGAAGUUAGUUGAGGAAGAGGACAAACCUGUGCCUUCAUGGGUUGAGUGGUGCGAACGCAAUGCUCAACCCAUAAAGCGGUGCAUACCGAGGGAGCAGCGCGAACUUACACGUUGGCAGAAGGCGGGACCUAUGAAAAAAAAGGAGUGGAAAAAAUUCUUUGAGUGGGCUUUGCAAAAAGCAAUGCCAAAGGAACCUCCGCAGGUCGAAGUGCCUAUUCCUUGCCUGGAAAAAUACUUGCCCUGUGGCCGUGAAAAACGCAAAAUGGAUAUGGACUCUUUGGAAGAGAGCAUGGAGAAGUUGUCCAAGCCACUUGAGCGUAAAAUGACACCAAAGCAUGUUUACCAGCGUCCAUUCUACGCCUAUUCUCCGGUUAUUGUAUGGGGCAAGCCUCCACACCAUGACAAAGGUCGACCAUUUCCCCCACCCUUCGUACCCUGUUGUUUUCCCAAUGACGAUAUAGAGGACGAAUUCUGGGCCACUUUGCGUUUUCCAGUGCGGCCGUCCGCGCUCAAGGCGCGCCCCACGGCUCGUAUCCUUAGUUUGGCCAAGCCGCACAUAAUGCCGCCAAAUCCGCCUCAUUGUCCCAUUCCAAAAAAGGCGCCGGCGCCUCUGGAAGUGCCGCCACCGAAACGAAAGAAGUUUACACCACGUGGCUGGCGCUUACACCAAAUACGCUUGAUUUACCUCUCUAAGCCCGUGUCCAGACCAGAGUUCGAGUAUUUCUAUAUGUGAAUAUUUAAAUCAAUAUGGCCCUGUUUCGUUAAUAAAAAUUCACUGUAUGUAGUUUUAGGCUUGUAUUAAAAAAUGUAUUUUACCAA